AUGGCCCAGAAAGGAAACCAAAGAGUCAGCUGCUCCAUCUGUCAUGGUCCACCAAAGGACCCAGUGACCAAAUCCUGUGGACACAGCUACUGCACGAUCUGUAUCAAAAGCCACUGGGAUAGAAAGGACAAGAAGGGAACCUACAGCUGCCCUCAGUGUGAAAAGACCAUCAGACCAAGACCUGACCUGAAGAAAAUAAACAGGCUAGCAAAGUCAGCGGUGAAGAAGAUUCAGACUAAAGCAACUGAGGAUGUGGACAGUGAUGAUGGUGGUGGCGAGGACUGUGAUGAUGGGGGCGAUGAGGACUGUGACGUUGGGGACGAUGUGGACUGUGAUGAUGGGGGCGAUGAGGACUGUGACGUUGGGGACGAUGUGGACUGUGAUGAUGGGGGCGAUGAGGACUGUGACGUUGGGGACGAUGAGGACUGUGAUGAUGGGGGCGAUGAGGACUGUGACGUUGGGGACGAUGAGGACUGUGAUGAUGGGGGCGAUGAGGACUGUGACGUUGGGGACGAUGAGGACUGUGAACACAAUGAAGACUUUGUGUCUCGUUUGAUUGAAAUGUUUUCUUGUUGCUUUAACAACAAGUCCGAGUGA